CUCCUCUCUCUUUUCCCUCUCUCUCCCUCUCUCUUAUUCAGUGCUGAUCCUCAGGCAUGCUAAGUAUGUGUUCUACCCAUGAGCUACACCCCGAGUCCCCAUUCUUCAUUUUUGGUGUGUCUUUAUUACUCCAGAAUUUGAAUGGGGCCUAUCUAGAACUUUUCUAGGAGAAAUGUGGGUGGGAGGAGCAGUGCAGGAGGGAAAUGGAGACCAGGAGCCCUCAACAUCCCAAGCUACACGAUGCCAGGUCAAAUGAAUGACUCUUGAGACAGGGUGAUGUCCCAGUAACUGGAAAAAAAAAAGAGUGGAGGGGAUCAAAGGGUGAGCAAAAUUGAAGACAGGAAAAGGGACAGACCUCGUCCACUGGGAGAGAUAAGGACAUCGGCCAUAUUGCUUCACAGAUGAGACCUUAGAGUUGGGAGUGGUGGCACACAGGGUUGUAAUCCCAGCACUGGAGAGGUUGAGGCAGAACGAUCUGGGGAUCCAGACCAUUCUGAACAACACAGGAGAUCCUAUCUCAAACAAUAAAAUACCUUAGGGAUGGCAUCGGAGAAGAAGAGGGGCUACCUUGAAUGGUUUUGCUGUCUCGGGAGAGGGUCACCUUCCUUGUUGGGCAAAGGGUAGGGUGGGAGGCUCUCCCUUCCUUUGCAGGGUUGCUGCGGGCCAUGCCAGGAAAGAGCUGCUGAGCUCCAGGAAACCGGUGCUGAGGGAGUGCCAUGGCAGAUGUCCCUCUCUACCCUCCAGUUCCCUCCAGAGGCCUCUCCUCUCCUGACUAUUGGAUGCUGUGCCUUUAAAAGCAGCCACUCCUCCUGGGAUCUAGGGUGUGGGGGUUGAGAUGGAGGGAAGCUGACAGACUUACCCCAGCAACUAGGGAAGAUGGCCCAGGCUGGAGGAGUCGUCCUGGAGUCCUACUGUCCCCUACCCUGAGCCAGGGGGUCAGGGGGAACUUUCCCACCCCAAGCGCGACACGAGAUGGCUCCGUGGCCCCACAAGAACAGUUCUCUGGCUUUGUGGUCAGAUGCCCCCACGUUGGACCCCAGUGCAGCCAACACGAGUGGGUUGCCAGGAGUGCCAUGGGCAGCGGCAUUGGCUGGGACAUUGUUGGCGCUGGCCACAGUGGGAGGCAAUCUGCUGGUAAUCGUAUCCAUAGCCCGCACGCCGAGACUCCAGACCAUAACCAACGUGUUCGUGACUUCGCUGGCCACAGCUGACUUGGUAGUGGGACUCCUCGUAAUGCCGCCGGGGGCCACAUUGGCACUGACUGGCCAUUGGCCCUUGGGAGCAACUGGAUGUGAGCUGUGGACGUCGGUGGACGUGCUCUGUGUAACCGCCAGCAUCGAGACCCUGUGCGCCCUGGCUGUGGACCGAUAUCUGGCUGUCACCAACCCUCUGCGUUACGGCACUCUGGUUACCAAGCGCCGAGCCCGGGCGGCGGUGGUCCUGGUGUGGAUUGUGUCCGCCGCGGUGUCCUUUGCGCCCAUAAUGAGCCAGUGGUGGCGCGUAGGGGCGGACGCCGAGGCUCAGGAGUGCCAUUCAGAUCCGCGCUGCUGUUCCUUUGCCUCCAACAUGCCCUACGCGCUGCUCUCCUCCUCCGUCUCCUUCUACCUUCCGCUGCUGGUGAUGCUCUUCGUCUACGCUCGAGUGUUCAUCGUGGCUAAGCGGCAACGGCGUUUGCUGCGCCGGGAACUGGGCCGCUUCCCACCCGAGGAGUCUCCGCAGACUCUGUCGCGCUCUCCGUCCCCUGUCACAGGCGGGACAAGCGCAGCUCCGGAUGGAGUGCCCUCCUUAGGCCGGCGGCCAGCGCGGCUCCUGCCGCUCCGGGAACACCGCGCCCUGCGCACCUUAGCUGCGGUGGCCGCGGACGGGAGGAGCCACGCGCUGUCACCUUCCCAGCCAGUCCCGCGGGAGCCACCUCAGCCGAGUCCAGGCAGAGCCCGCCACUCAACAGGUUUGACUAUGAAAGUGAGCAGCGAUUUCCCACAUGAAGGACCACCAAGAUCCAGCAAGGAACCUAAAAACAAGAAACGACUCCGUGGAUGCCGGACUUUAGUAAAACCCCUAAUUUCCACUCAGAGUGGGUCCCGCCCCACCUCCGCGGCUGAGAACCUCCACUCUUAGAGCCUGCUGACUAGACUGCAGACGUGAAGGGGAACUCUUACCAAAAACACCUUGACCAAGGCAACGUAUAAAAGGAAGCAGCUAAUUGGGAGCUUGCCUACAGUUUCAGCGGGUGAGUCUGUGGUCAUCAUCCUUUGAAAACACCACCCAUGUAUGUGAUGUGUUUUGUCCCUUUUCAACCACCUGCCACCCCUGCCCCCCCACCCCCGCCCUCCUUCAUCCCCCUCCUAUUCCCACUGGACUGUCUUCAGCAACUCUCCCUUUUACUUCUCCUUCUUUUAUAGUUUGUUUGUUGGAUUUAGUGACUCAUGGAGUAUAAAUGAGUUCUUUGCAAGAGCAUGGGUGGGAGAUUAUUACAUGGGCAAAUUAUCAGUGGCCACAUCACUGAAGAAAAUCACCCCUCCAUGGCCCCAGCAUCAGCUCCUGCCUGCAGUUACUCAAGACAGAAAACAAGCGUGGUCUCCCUGCUUCUCUUUCAAGUGACCCUUCCUCUCAGGGUUCAAGUCUGAGUCUCACACUGGGCUGCAAUCUCACAACCACACCGGGAGAGCGAGGAGGGCGGGGAGCUGCUCUUCCGGGGGGGGGGAUGCCUAUCUCUCUGAUGAGGGCUAAACGUACACAGCUGAUGGACAUCCCUGUUUGAACUUCCUCAGGACUCCCUCAGCACUGGGGCUAGAGAGGUGCCUCAGCAGUUGCUGCCUUGCAGAGGACCCAGGUUCAAUCCCCAGUACUCACAUGGUGGCGGUAGUUCACAACCAUUCACACGUCGAGUUCUAGGGGUCUGGUGCUUUCUUCUGGACUCUGUGGGUACCAGGCACACACAUGGUACACACAGACACAUGCAUGCAAAACACUCACACACAAAAAUAAAUAAAUAAAUAAAGCGAAA